CCGGGGGCAGCGCGCUCGCACCUCACCUCUGCUUGCGGAGCAAUGAGGAGCCGGGGGGAUGGUCCUGGAAGGGAAGGAAAACCGGGAGCUGGAUUCCUUUGGGAAGGACUUCACUUCAUCUUUACUCCUAUAGCCCAGCAACACCGUCCUCCAAUCGGCUUUGCUGCAUGACAGUGGGAGAGUUCCCCUCCAGACCCUUCUUUCUCCUCUCACUUGGAACUGGCCUCUACGGGCAUUGUUGCAGCAGGACUGCCAGACACUAAUGCUUUAAUGUAUUUGGGGACAGAGUACUGACAAACCAGAAGAGAAGUUUGUGGCUGCCGAUCCCUCCCCUUGCUCUGGAUCUGCUGGCUGGGGGAUGUUUUCUCAUGCUCCCUGGCAGAUGUGACAGCUUUGGGAACUGUAUCCUCUAGGAGCAGCUCUGUGUGGAGUUGAAAACCCAACGUGGUUUCCCAGGCAGCAGGAAUGGAUCGCUGAGAGAAUCCCAAUCUCCGACUGCUUUUGUCUUGUGGCACCAUGUUCCGCAAGAAAAAGAAGAAACGCCCGGAGAUCUCUGCUCCUCAGAACUUUGAGCACCGUGUCCACACUUCCUUCGACCCAAAGGAGGGCAAGUUUGUGGGCCUGCCACCUCAAUGGCAGAACAUUCUCGACACGCUAAGGCGCCCCAAGCCAGUGGUAGACCCUUCAAGGAUCACAAGGAUGCAACUCCAGCCGAUGAAGACCGUGGUGAGGGGCAGCACAGUGGAAGUGGAAGGUUACAUCUCCGGGAUACUCAACGACAUCCAGAAGCUUUCUGCCAUCAGCUCCAACACUCUGAGGGGCAGGAGCCCCACCAGCAGGAGGAGAGCGCAGUCCCUGGGGCUGCUGGGGGAGGACAGACCCCCCGACAUGUACCUUCAGAGUCCUGAAGCAGACUGGGCAGACAAAUAUGGAAACUACCUCAAUUGCAACGGUGGGGCCAAGGUGACCCGGAGGCAGACGAUGUGGCCAGACUAUAAACCCCGACUGGAAGGGCAGCCUCAUCCCAAUGGAAUGGUAAUGAAAGCCCAGUCCCUGGGGCCCUCCGAGUUCCAGGGUGCUGAUGGCAGCUGCCUCCAGCGUGCCGCUGGGUUGCAGCCCAUGCCGGCUCUGCCAGGGGACAGCGAGAAGGCAGGCAAGAAGAGCUCAGAUGAGUGCUGGCCUCAGCCUUGUCUGGUCCGACAGGCAAACUCCAGGCCCUCAGGGGAGGGCAGCCCCAGCUCCAAAUCAAGGGAGAACAGCUUGAAGAGGAGGCUCCUGCGCAGCGUGUUCCCCUCCUCCAGUGGCUCCAACAAGCCAGGCCCUGCCCUGCAGAUGAAGCCUACCGCUCUCUUCAGGCCCCAGCACUGGGGUUCCCCGCGCAGCCCCGCAGCCAAGGCGCAGUCUCUUCCCCCGGACCAGCCUGCAUCCGAUUUCCCCAGGAUGCUCUCAGAAGCUGGGACCCCACAGAAGUCCCCACCGGUGGAGAAGGCGACGGCAGUGCCACAGGGCAGGCCCUCCCCUGCUGGCUCUCCUCGGAACAGGCAGACGCAGACGAGCUCCAGCAACCUCCACCUUCCCCAGGACCCUGCUGGGAAGGGGCAGCUGGGCGGCGAGGACCCGGUGGUGGUGACGCACGAGCAGUUCAAGGCUGCCCUGAGGAUGGUUGUGGACCAAGGGGAUCCCCGGGCGCUGCUGGAGAACUACGUGAAGAUUGGUGAAGGGUCCACGGGCAUUGUGUGCAUUGCUCGCGAGAAGCACUCGGGGCGGCAGGUGGCGGUGAAGAUGAUGGACCUGAGGAAGCAGCAGCGCCGGGAGCUCCUCUUUAAUGAGGUGGUGAUCAUGAGGGACUAUCAACACGUCAACGUCGUGGAGAUGUACAAGAGCUACCUGGUGGGAGAGGAGCUCUGGGUGCUCAUGGAGUUCCUACAGGGGGGAGCCCUCACAGACAUCGUGUCUCAGAUCAGGCUAAAUGAAGAGCAAAUUGCCACAGUGUGUGAAUCAGUGCUGCAGGCUCUCACCUAUCUUCACUCUCAGGGGGUCAUUCACCGAGACAUUAAGAGCGACUCCAUCCUUUUGACGCUGGAUGGAAGGGUCAAGCUCUCAGAUUUUGGCUUCUGUGCUCAGAUCAGUAAAGAUGUACCCAAGAGGAAGUCCCUAGUAGGUACUCCCUACUGGAUGGCUCCAGAAGUUAUUGCAAGGAUACCAUACACUACCGAGGUGGAUAUCUGGUCUCUGGGGAUCAUGGUGAUAGAGAUGGUGGAUGGAGAACCCCCCUAUUUUAGUGACUCUCCAGUGCAGGCAAUGAAGAGGCUCCGUGACAGUCCUCCUCCCAAGCUGAAGAACUUCCACAGGACCUCCCCAGUCCUAAGAGACUUCUUGGAGAGGAUGCUGACCCGGGAUCCGCUGGAAAGAGCAACGGCCCAAGAGCUUCUGGACCACCCCUUUCUGCUCCAGACAGGACUUCCCGAGUGCCUGGUCCCCCUCAUCCAGCAGUACAGGAAGCGGACCUCUACCUGCUGACCUGCCCAAGGGAAAUGGCAGGGCAAGUGAUGGUUCCUAAACCCGGAGUCACCGGGAUCAAGAGGUUUUGUUAAUCCUGACACAUGAGCAGGGCACUCUCGCCCCGGGAAUGGUGCUUGGAAC